AUGGCUGGCAUCAAGUACGACCAGCAGACUCUCUACUACGGAGGAAAGCGACAGACUACCAGUGAGACCUUCCAAACCAUAGACCCUUCUACAGCGCAACCCAUCGCAGACAUCUGCAAAGCAGACAAGGCUGCGAUUGAUGCAGCUGUCAAGUCCGCCAAGAAUGCAUUCUCAAAAUGGUCUGCCAUGCCACCUAUGGAGCGAUCGAGAAUACUACUGCGGGCAGUGGCACUUCUGAGACAGCGAAACGACGAACUGGCCACGAUCGAGACUCAUGAUACCGGGAAAGCAUUCUCGGAGACUAGUGUAGUCGAUGUCGUGACUGGAGCCGAUGUGCUGGAGUACUAUGCGAAUUUGAUCGCUUCCGGAGGCCUGAAUGGCGAGACAACCCAGCUCAGACCCGACGCCUGGCUAUACACAACCAAAGCACCAAUCGGAGUAUGCGCAGGAAUCGGAGCAUGGAAUUAUCCCAUUCAGAUCGCAUUGUGGAAGUCGGCACCGUGUCUCGCAGCAGGAAACUGCAUGGUCUACAAACCUUCAGAAUUCACGCCCCUCCACGCUCUCAAACUUGCAGAGAUCUAUACCGAAGCUGGCGUCCCAGCAGGUGUCUUCAACGUGGUCCAAGGCGCUGGCGACGUCGGCGCCAUGCUGACUUCACACCCCGACAUCCAGAAAGUCUCUUUCACCGGACAAGUCAGCACAGGCAUGAAAGUCGCAAGCUCAGCAGCAGGCGCCAUGAAAUACGUAACAAUGGAACUCGGCGGAAAAUCACCCUGCAUAAUCCUCCCCGACGCCGACAUAGAAGACGCCGUCAACGGCGCCAUGAUGGCCAACUUCUUCUCCACCGGCCAAGUCUGCACAAACGGAACCCGCGUCUUCAUCCCCAAAUCCCUACAACCCGACUUCGAACGUCUCCUCCUGCAAAAAAUGCCCAACAUCCGCCCGGGCCACCUCUUCAACCCAACCACAAAUUUCGGUCCCCUCGUCAGCAAAGUCCAUUACGAGAAAGUUCUCAAAUACAUAAAACACGGCAUCGAAGUCGAUAAAGCCAAACUCCUCUACGGCGGUCUCAGGAAACCAGAAGCUACCUCUUCCGAAGGCUACUGGGUAAAACCCACAGUUUUCACAAACUGCACCGACGACAUGCUCAUAACAAUCGACGAAAUCUUCGGUCCCGUCAUGGCCAUCUUACCAUACGACGAUAAAGAAUCGAAUUGGGUCGACAAUCUCGUGAAAAGAGCGAACAGUACAAAAAUGGGUCUUGCGGCGGGGAUUUUCUCGAAAAAUAUCGAUCACGCGCAUAAAAUUCUUGCGCGUGUGGAAGCGGGUAUCACGUGGGUGAAUACUUGGGGGGAGUCGCCGGCGGAGAUGCCGGUCGGGGGUUGGAAGUUGAGUGGAUUGGGGGUGGAGAAUGGGAGGAGGGGACUUGAGAAUUGGGUGCAGAAUAAGAGUACGUUGGUGGAGAUGGGUGGGAAGGUACCGACUGCUUUUCCAAAAUUGUAA